AUGGCCGCCGGCGCCGCGGCCGCCGUACACCACCACCACCCUAUCGUGGCUUCGCUCCGCCCUGCUUCGAGGCGGCUCAGCAGCAGCACCGGCGCCAGCAGCUCGCCGCCCCAUCCUGCGGCCUUCCUCUGCUGCUCCGGUCCCAAGACGCCGAGCGUCCAGCUCCAGGCUCCCCGCGUCGCGUUCAACCCCUCCGGCAACUUCGACCUCUCCCUCUCCGACCAAGACGAUGCACCACAAGUUGAGCCUCCUCCACCACCUACUGAAGGGCGCAUCGAGAUUGUUAUCAACAAGGACAUCAUCCGAACACUUGACCUAUCGCCCGUCCAAGAAGCCCUCGGCAACCUGAAUUCCUUAACGACAGCUCAAUCAAGAAAUCUGUUGGACCGAACCGUUGGUUUCACAAUAAACUACGAGAGAGAGGAUCCAUACGACACGAGGGAACUGUCGGAGUUUCCAGAUGUAAGGCUAUGGUUUGUGAGGUUUGACGCUUCCUACCCCUGGUUUCCGGUGGUGCUUGACUGGAGAGCCGGUGAGCUCGCCAGGUACGCUGCAAUGCUGGUCCCUCACCAGAUGAGUAUGCGUCAUGGCGUGGUCUUCAACCCGGAGGCAUUGGAGCUGUUUGGGAUGAAGAAAGUUUUCCUCGUCUACUCGUGGCUGAAGCAGCAGAACCAUGCCAAGCCCAGGUUGAAGACGGGCGACAUGGCCAAGAUGCUCGGUUUUGGCAUUGGGGAUGAGUUGUUUGAUUUGAUCGAGAAGUAUCCUAUUGGUGAACUCUAG